AUGCCACCAGGAGGCUAUAAUACACCCUAUAGCGGUGGUGGAGCUCAUCAAGAUUAUGGAUACCAACCCCCAGCUGACAACAACUAUUACUAUAACACUGGCAACAGUAACGCCACAUCAACAUCAAUUGGUCGACGGCCUACAACACUAGGAAGAGCUCCAACACGUAGAAUUAUACCCGGUGCUAAUUCAAUUGCAAAUGCUAGUCAAAAUAUACAAAGAGGCCGUACUUUAAUUCGACCUGAUCGUUAUCAAGAACCACCACCUCUGUUGACAGGCAAACCUACCACAAGUCGUAGUUCUUUCGAUCCUUGGGUGCUACUCUCCCGAAUAGUGACAUUUUGGGCUUUACCUCCCAUGUUAAAGGCUUUCAAAAUGUCUGAUCCUGGUAUGCAGCAAGCUUGGAGAGAAAAAAUGACCUUGUGUUUCUUAAUUGCUUGUAUGGGCGCAUUUGUGGCUUUUAUCACUAUUGGGCUUAACUCUGUGUUAUGUCCACCAGAUCAAGCAAACAAUCAACGGAACUAUGCUUCUUACAAUGAUACACUUGAUGCACCAAAUUUAUUAGGCAUUUUAGGCUGGCAAUUUAAUAUUUCAAACGCAAAACCGUCAGGAAACCUUAAUUUUUAUGAACUUGCCAAAGUACCUGGUACAGAUAUUACCAAUUAUUUUACACAUGGCACCAAUAUUCCAGAAUGCACAAAUCCAGGCAACGAAAAGACACUCAGUUUCCGAGCUGUUUAUAGUGAUCCUUGUUCAGCUGCAAAUGGCAAUGGCGGAUGUUUGUUCGGUGAUACUUCUGCAGCAAACCUUCAAAAUACGUACGGUCUCAUCAAUACAACUCGUCAAGUGGGUUUUGAUUGGACUCAAUUUGCCACAUCCAACUUGAGCUACCAUAUUGUUAUUGACGGUAAUGUAUUGAAUUUGGAACCAUACAUCAAAGCCAACCCCAUCCCAGAUCCCUCUGACGAAUUAGACGGUGUCCUUCGCAACAUAUUAAACAGCUCUUUCGCUGAGGGCGGCCGAGAUGGAACAAAGAUGUUUUUCAGAAAACCUGAGUUCAAAGCCUCCAUCAACUGUCUUGUACAAAAAUACCGCGCUGGGCAUAUCGAUAAAAGCACGCCAGGAUGCUUCGUUUCUACUAUCGUUUUGGCUGCUUCAUUAGCGAUCGUUUUGGCAAUAGUUUUGGCGCGCUUCUUUAUGGCCUUGAUCUUUUCAUGGUUCAUUUCUCGAAAAUUGUCAAGAACACCGCCUACAGCACCUAGCACAACAGGUUCUAUGAUGAUGCAUAAUAAAGAGCAACAAAUGGAAAUGUCCAACAUUAAGCCUGGACUUAUGCAAAGAGCGGAUUCGGGCAGUACACUUACUCCUGCUGGAGCAAUGACAAAGAAAGUAGAAGUGGGCAAUGAUCUCUUUACGGUUCUUUUGAUUACAUGCUAUUCAGAAAAUACAGAAGGUAUCAAAGCCACAGUGGAAUCCUUAUCCGUUACAGAUUAUCCUGAUGACAGAAAAUUGCUAUUUUUGAUUGCUGAUGGUAUUAUCACUGGACAUGGUGAAACGGUUUCUACACCUGAUAUGUGUCUGGAAUUGAUCACCUUUGACGACGAAAGUAUGAGAAAUCCCGAACCUAUGCCAUAUAUUGCCGUGGCCGUGGGUGCCAAGCAGUUCAAUUGUGCAAAAGUAUACGCAGGACAUUACGUUUGUAAAGGACAUAAGGUACCUAUGAUUCUGGUAGUCAAAUGUGGUAACCCUGAUGAACAAGGCAAACCCAAGCCCGGUAACCGCGGCAAGCGUGAUUCGCAGCUCAUCCUGAUGAAUUUCUUCAGUCGCGUCACUUAUAAUGAUCGAAUGACACCAUUAGAUUAUGAGUUGUUUCGAAAAAUUCAGUAUUUAAUGGGAGUUACACCAGAUUACUUUGAACUUGUGCUCAUGGUUGAUGCAGAUACAAAAGUGUAUCCAAGUUCAAUGAGAUUAUUGGUAAAUUGUAUGGUUAACGACAACCUAAUUAUGGGUUUGUGUGGUGAAACAAAGAUCGCCAACAAACGUGAUUCCUGGGUGACAGCAAUUCAAGUGUACGAAUAUUUCAUUUCCCAUCACCUCGCUAAGGGCUUUGAGGCUAUUUUUGGUGGUGUGACAUGUUUGCCUGGCUGUUUCUGUAUGUAUCGUCUGAAAGCUCGUAAAGGUGACGGUGAUUGGGUACCAAUCAUCACCAAGCCUGAAAUUGUGCAAGAGUACUCUUCUAAUACGAUUGACACACUACAUCAAAAAAACUUACUUUUGCUUGGUGAGGAUCGUUUCUUGACUACGCUUAUGCUGCGUAACUUCCCCUUUCGUAAAAUGGUCUUCACUCCCCAAGCUAUCUGUAAAACAGUUGUGCCUGACUCUUUCAAAGUUUUGCUCUCUCAACGCCGUCGUUGGAUUAAUUCCACCAUCCACAAUCUGUUUGAAUUGGUCCUCGUCAGAAAUCUUUGUGGUACUUUCUGUUUUUCUAUGCAGUUUGUCGUCAUGAUGGAUUUGGUAGGCACUCUGACCUUGCCUGUAGCUAUUGUAUUGACCAUCGUGCUUAUUGUGAACAUGGCUCAAACUGAAAUCACCAGCCUUAGCGCGGCGCUUCCACUGAUAUUAUUGAUCAUUGUCUUAUUCUCACCGGCUUUCUUGAUCUUGAUUACGACACGUAAAUGGGUUUAUUUAAUGUGGAUGAUUGUCUACUUGUUCGCUUUGCCCGUGUGGAAUUUUGUCUUACCAGUUUACUCUUUCUGGCAUUUCGAUGACUUUUCCUGGGGUGAAACACGUAAAGUUGAGGGUGAAACAAAAGACGACCACUCCAAAAAAGAUGGUGUUUUCGAUCCUUCUAAAGUGCCUUUGAAGCGAUGGGAAGAUUAUGAGCGUAAACGCAUACGUGCCAAUAAGAGGCGUGAACGUAAAGAGAGACAGAUUAGAGAAAUGGGUCCUACACAUUUGAUGCAUUCUGUAAUUACUUCAGAGGAUGAUGAUGCUAAACGUGGGUUGCUUAUUGCUGAUGACGAUGACUCAAUAUCACAUACAUCGUAUCAAACAGAUAUGUCGGCCCAUCAAAAUGCCCAUUUUUUUGAUCCUUCAAAAGAAGCACCUGCUAAAGCUGGAUCUGGCUAUUAUCCUACUUUCCGCCCUCAGUCUAUGGCUCCCAAUGCAGCUGCAGGAGCAGCGGUACCACCACCUCUACCUAUGAACAAUACCUCAAAUAUACCUUUACAACCUACACCUACCGCACCUGGCCCUUGGGGCUCUCAACAGCAAAAUUAUGGUGCACCAUCACCACAUCACAACAACAAUAUGCGAGCAGCACAACAUCAACCACCAGUAAAUACGAGAGGGCCCUAUUCACAGCCGUCUCAACAGCAACAACAAUUCUCUCCAAUAAAUACACUGGGACAGCAGCAGCAGCACAUGGGACCUCAAGGUCAAUAUGUCAAUACUAGGCCUAAUAAUCAACAACAGUCCCCUUUCCAUGGCUUUUAA